AUGGACAAGGGGUAUACCAAUUGGAUAUAUCACGGGGAGGUUCCUCAAGCCAAUAAUAAUGUUAAUAUUGAUGCUAAUGUUAGUGGGGAAAGUGCCCAUGAUGAAGAUGGAAAUGUAGAUAAUGUAUUUGAGUUGUUGGAUAACGUACAAAUGGGAAACUUCAAUAAUGCACAACAACAAGAAGAUUCGCCUAAAGUUGAUGUGGGAGGAGGAAAUUUUGCUAGAUUGUUAAAUGAUGCACAGUGUGAAUUGUGGCCAGAAUAUCAAAAAUUCUCGAAGUUGUCACAUGUGAAGGUUAUGACUAGAAUGAGCAAUAAAUCAUUUGAGAUGAUGCUUAUGGCAUUUAAGGAGAUGCUUCCGGACAACAAUGUGUUACCAAAGUCUCACUACGAGACUAAAAGCUUGUUGCGAGAUUUGGGUCUCGGAUAUGAGUGUAUCAAUGCAUGUAAACAUGAUUGUGUUCUAUUCUGGAAAGAGAAUAUAGGUAAGGAAAAUUGUCCACAAUGUGGUGAGUCGAGGUAUAAACCUCACAAAGGUAAGGGUAAGAAAAUCCCUCAAAAAGUUCUUCGGUACUUCCAUUUGAAAUCAAGAUUUCAACGGUUGUUUAUGUCGAAGGAUACAGCCUUAGAUAUGCGGUGGCAUAAGGAGAAACGUGUGAAGGAGGCAAAUGAGUUAAGACAUCCGGCUAAUUCAAAAGCUUGGGAAGAUUUUGAUAAUAAGCAUAGUUGGUUUGUUGUUGAUCCUCAUAAUGUUCGUGUUGGAUUAGCAACUGAUGGAUUCAAUCCAUUUGGUAACAUGAGCAAUUCCUACAGUAUGUGGCCUGUGAUGAUUGUGCCUUAUAAUUUGCCACCUUGGAUAUGUAUAAAAGAACCGUAUGUGUUCAUGUCGUUGCUUAUUCCUGGUCCAACCUCACCUGGUAAUGAUAUUGAUGUGUACCUACGGCCUUUAGUUGAAGAGUUAAAAGAAUUGUGGAGGGAUGGUGUGACGACGUAUGAUACCUACAGUAAAUGUAACUUUAAAAUGCAUGCGGCAAUGAUUUGGACCAUUACUGACUUUCCCGCCUAUGCGAUGGCUUCUGGAUGGAUGACGAAGGGUUAUCUAGCAUGUCCAAAUUGUAACAAAGAAACAUGUUCUUGUUAUUUGAAACACGGAAGGAAGUUAUGUUAUUUGGGAAGUCAUAUGUUUUUGUCACUAAAUCAUGUUUUUAGGAAGCGGUACAAGCAGUUUAAUGGUGAGAAGCAAGAUAAAGGGCCACCAAAGCAGUUGACAGGUGAUGAUAUUCUGGAACAACUUAACCGCAUACCCGAAACCCUUUUGUUGCGGCACAACCUAGACAUUAUGCAUAUAGAGAAAAACAUAUGCGAUAAUGUGUUCGGGAGAUUAUUGGACAUUGAAGGUAAAACGAAGGAUACAUUCAAAAGUCGGUUGGAUUUAGAAGCAAUGAAGAUUAGAAAAGAACUACACCUCAAGCGUAAUGUUAAGUUCCCAGAUGGCUAUGCCUCGAACAUAAGUCGGUGUGUGAAUGUUAAUAAUUGUAAGAUAUCUGGAUUGAAAAGUCAUGAUUCACACGUUCUCUUACAGCGCCUCUUCCCCAUAGCUAUACAAGGAUUCUUAGAUUCAGAUAUUUGUAACGCAAUAGCAGAGCUUGGUUUAUUCUUUAAGGAAUUGUGUUGUCGAACUGUUAAAGUGGAUGUCUUAGAGGCAAUGGAAAGGGACAUUGCUAUUAUACUAUGCAAGUUGGAGAUGAUAUUUCCUCCGUCAUUUUUUGACAUUAGGGUGCACUUGGCUCUGCAUUUGCCGCGUGAAGCCAUUAUUGCUGGCCCCGCACAAUAUCAGUGGAUGUACCCCAUUGAAAGAUUUUUGCAUACCCUCAAACUGUACGUGCGUAACAAAGCACGUCCUGAAGGGUUUACUGCUGAAGCUUACUUAGAUAAUGAAUGCUUGACAUUUUGUUCAAAAUUUCUCGGAGGGAUUGAGACACGGUUCAAUCGAGAAGAAAGAAAUAAUGAGGGGGAUUGCAACAAUAAUUGGACCACUAUUUCAGAUCUAAAGCAAGUAGUUCGACCUCUAGGGGCGCAAAGUUUGGAGAUAUUGUCUCGUAAGGACAUGGAAAUGGCUCGAUUGUACGUGUUACAAAAUUCUGGAGUAGUUGAGUCAUACGAAGAGAUUGGUAUACAUAAGGAUACCUAUUUUAAAAGCGUAAAUGUAGCCAGUAGAGCUUACAAAAAUGAGCCAUUUGUGUUAGCAAAUCAAGCAAAACAAUGCUUCUACGUCAAAGACAACAAAUUUCAAGGGACAUGGGAAGUAGUUCAAGAUAUAACAAAUAGAAGCUCAUUUGAUGUACCUGAAAAAGAGGGUGAAACAGUAGUAGAGGAUGAAAUGCUUAACACUGCAGCGUACCAAGAGAAUGAACCAAGCAUUGUGGAUAGGAUUGUUGAAGUGGACUUGGACAUGGAUCCACUCUCUUUGAACAGGGACGAUUUAGAGGGUGAAACCCUUAAUGCUGAAGUGAUUGAAAAAUGUAGUGGUGAAGCAGCAAUUAAUGACGACUUUUGGGUUAACGAGGAUGAUGAUAGAGAUGACGUUCAGUAUAGUUUAGAUGAGGAACCAGAACUGUUGUCCGAAGAUGAUACUGAUUUGGAUAACAUAUGA